GAAUCGAUUAGACACACAAUUUUUUUAUUCUAAAUAAAAAACAAAACAAGGAUAGAGGGGAGGAGAGAAAGACUAUAAAGCCUACGAUAAUGAUUAAUAAUUUCGUCGGUAAAAAUAUAUGAAGAUUUAAUUAUACAAUCAAUAGUGCUCUUGUUAUAACAAAUAGAAAAUAACUUCAUUCGCAGGCUGUCUUGUGUUCAAUGUUCGGGAAAACAAUCUCACAGAUGACCACAACAUCGUAAACACAAGAAAAAAGAAAAAAAAACUGUAAUCGAAAUUAAGCGGAAUACGGACAUGUUGGAUCCAGACAAUAUGAAUUACAGCGGCAGUCGAACAUUCAACUGGUUGGCUGAUCUAAGCGGUCUAUCAGUUGAUUUGGUCAACUUCUUAAUAUGCCAAAUAUCUGCAAUCUUUUUGGCAUCCCUCUAUCGAUCGGUGCUUCAUCCCUCCAAGGUAUCUUCCAACGUCCGACACAUCGUUGCACUUAGCAUUGGCUUGGUGUUUGGAUAUUUUUGUUUCGGACCACAAGCCAUACACAUCGCUGGUCUUCCGUCAGCAUGUUACGUUGCCAUUCGAACACAGAGCCCAAAAGUUGUCCAAAGGACCGUCAUGGUCGUGGCCAUGGCGUAUUUACUAACCAUACAUGUGUUACGACAAAUUUAUGACGACGGCUCAUGCUCCCUGGAUAUAACCGGUCCCCUGAUGAUCAUUACACAAAAAGUUACUAGUUUGGCAUUUAGCAUACACGAUGGCUUUGUACGACAAACCAAGGAUUUGACCAAGGCACAACAAUACCAUGCCGUUAAUAAAUUACCCUCUGCUUUGGAGUAUUUCUCAUAUGUCUUGAACUUCCAAGGAUUAAUGGCUGGGCCAUUGGUUUUCUACAAGGACUAUAUCGAUUUUAUCGAAGGCUACAAUCUACGGCCGGCUGUGAAUACGUCAGCUGAUAAGGGAAAGUCACAGGUGGUCCUGGAGCCGUCGCCAGUGAAAACGGUAGUCAAGAAAGUUAUCGGCAGCUUCAUAUGCGCUUUCAUUUUCAUGAAGUUUGUCCAAUUGUAUCCCAUCAAAAACCUUAAGGACGACGACUUUGUUGAUAACACUACGGUUCUAUACAAGAUCUGGUAUGCCAUGAUGGCUACCACAACUACUCGUUUUAAGUAUUAUCAUGCAUGGUUGUUGGCCGAUGCAAUAGCAAAUAACUCAGGAUUAGGUUUUACGGGCUACGACAAAGAUGGCAACGCCAACUGGGAUCUCAUUUCUAAUAUAAAUGUGUUUGGCUUUGAAUUUGCAACGAAUAUCCGCGAUGCAAUCAACAAUUGGAAUUGCGGCACGAACCGAUGGCUGCGCACCAUCGUUUAUGAACGCGUGCCAAAGAAAUACGGAACCAUUUUGACGUUUGCCUUGAGUGCGGUGUGGCAUGGUUUCUAUCCAGGAUAUUACCUGACAUUUGCGACUGGUGCUUUAAUGGUGACUUCUGCACGAAUGGCUCGCCGCAUGUUCCGCCACCGUUUCCAGCAAACGCGAAUGACACGCAUGUUCUACGACAUUCUCACUUGCCUAACGACGCGUAUAGUUAUGGGCUAUACAACAUUCCCAUUCGUUCUGCUUGAAUUCAUGGGCAGUAUUCAAUUGUACCUGAAGUUUUAUUUGUGCCUUCACAUAGUUGCACUCACCACUAUUUACGUCCUGCCGAAGUUCAUACGCGGCGAGAGAAGAUCUACACAUCCGACACAUAAUGUCUCCAAGAUCGUUGCUCCUUCCAAGGUCGAGGAUGCUCUCAGAGAGGCAAGAAACGAUCAGGAAUGUAAAUCCAAUCAGUUGGAAGAGGCGCGUCAACUGUUGAAACCUAUCCAGCUCAUGCCAGAUGAAACAAAUGCUUUACCUCAACGCGACGAGAUUAUUAAACCACCACAGCUACCCAUUGUUGCCCCAGCCAGGGAAGCCAUUUCCGUUCCACACGAUCAGUGCGAAAUGGAUCAGCUUUCGAGCAAGUUAAUGGAAAAGAUUGAAGCAGAGACAAAGAAUAUCGAAGAAUUCAUAGACAAAACAGUUACCGAAACAGUAACGGGCAUCGUUGAGUUCAAGAAGGACCUAAUGCGGGACUCGAUUCCCAGCGGUCUUCGAAAACGUACAUCUCUGGCUUCUACAAUGAGUGAUGUUGUGGCCGGAGCCACGUGCAAGCCCCAAACAGAGGAGGGUUCUGCGUUCUUAAAGAAAGAAAUUGAAGUCAUCAACGCCGUCGUACAACAGGCCAAUGUGUUGCCUGCAGUCCUCAGCAAUGGACAUGCAAAAUAGUAGCUAUAGAAAUGAUCUCUGGCCACAAGGAUCAACGACCUAACGAAAGCUUUGGCAACAGAUGCGAACAUAUAUCUAAAAUAUACAUUUAACACAGUUCGAUGCUCAUUCGACUCAAUAUCCAAUAUAUGCGUAAAAUGUAAAGCACUCAACACGCUCAAAUUGUAUCAUUGUUAUUGUCAUCAUCAUCAUCAUCUUCCGUCUCUUACAUAUAUGUUCUGAAUACACCUAUGCACAUUGGCACAUGUUUUCCAACAAGGCGCACAGGCAUACCCAAAAGGUUAAACUGUUCCUAUUUAAUAAAAUACCCAUUCUACACUGCAUCACUAACUAUAAUUGUCCAUAAACCAUACAUACAUUAAUCCCUCAUUCACUUGUCAUCCUAAAAAAGAAACCAUCCUUUUUCCCCUAAUUAUUAUUAUUUUUUGAAAUUAUUAUUAUAUCCAAAAACCAGAGAUGUUCAAAAAAAUAAAUCAUUCAAAAUAAGCAGAUAUCAACAAA